CCCCGGGGAGGCGUUGAAGCUGAUAUGUGGUGACCAUGACCAGCUGUGUUGUUAUUUAUGCGUUGCCAUUGAUCAUAGACAAUGCUCCAAAAUCCAACACAUUCCAGAUGUAGCAAAAGGUGUUCAGAGAAAUAUUGAGUUUCAACAAAUUCCAAAGAAGAUAGCUGAACUUCAAAAGCAGUUCGAGCUGAUGAAAGAAGCACGAUUGAAGAAUACAAUGUCUCUGAAAAAGACUCAGGCAGCCAUAUCUGAUGAAAUUAAAACCAUACGUAAAAAGAUCAACGAAAUUCUUGAUAAGAUUGAGAAGGCAACUUUACAGGACUUGGACGGAAUUAUGGUUCAACUUGAAAAAAACUAAAGAAAGAUAUCGAAACUUGUGAUAAAAAGUCUAUCCAACUGCAAAACAUGAUUGCCGCUUUUCAAACCAAAGCAAACUCAAGCGAGUCAAAAUCAUAUAUUGCGUACAGAAAGAGCCAGGAUAUGAUUUCACAAGCAAACGAUCAUCUUCGUGGCAUAUCAGUCAUUGAGUGUUACAAUGUAACAUUUCAAGCCAAUAAUCUGAUCGAAGAACUUUUAUCUUCAAUAAAGACGUUUGGAGCAAAUGAAGAACAAACUGUUAUGACCAAACAGCGAAAAGAUCCCCUUGCCGAUCCAAACCACGUCUUCAGUGUUGAAGAGUAUAAGGAAUACAACGUGAAGAUGUGGUGACAGAUAUCAAUCUCACAUGUGUGGCGUAUGUGAAUUGCGUAAUGGAGAGUUUGUCAUAGCAGACAUGUAUAAUUGUAAAGUGAAGCUCCUAGACAAGGAGUACAGGUUGAUCGACCAUUGUGAUGUCCCGGUGAUCCCUUGUGACGUGUGUCACAUUGACGGAAAUGAAGUGGCAGUUUGUGUUUACAGUGAAAAUGCUGACAGAUGAGGACUUUAUUUUAUUAAUGCUACGAAAGGGAAACUCGUCACUACGAGGAAGUUAAGUUUCAACUAUCAAUGUUUUGCCGCAGCUCAACAUGAUGGCCAGCUUUACAUCUCCUCCGGUACCGUACUAUACGUCUACACGAUGUCGGGAAAGAAGGUGAAGAAGCUGUACGAAGACAAGUCUGGUAGUCAGACGGUGGACAAAUCUGCCAUCAGUUACGACGGGAAGACAAUCUACAUUACAAACUACGAUGAACAUCAAUUGAUCACCCUGGACAACAACGGCAACAAGUUGGCUUUACUCACUGACCCUGACAUGAAAAAACCUACCGGCGUACACGUGACACCUGCUGGACACGUGUUCGUCUGCUGCUAUGACUCCGGGACAGUGCUGCAGGUUGACAAAGACGGGGAGAAGAAGUUGGCCACCCUGGCAAGGAAAGAAGACGGACUGUACGGACCGGGUGAUUUAUUUUUCAGCAGCAGCACUUCCUCUCUGAUUGUUGGUGGAGAGAAAGACACACUUCUUGUUAUCAAAAUUAAUUAAAACUUAAAAUAAUGUUUGUUUUGGUACUAUUUA